UUCGAAUUUGCAGUAAAAAUACACUUUCCCGAGAUCUCUCUCUCACAACAAAACCAAAUCAAUGGCGGAAGAAGAAGGUUCUCAAUCUCCAAUUCGACCGGAGUUUCCAAUCGGAAGAGUGAAAAAGAUUAUGAAACUCGACAAAGACAUCAACAAAAUAAACUCAGAAGCUCUUCACCUAAUCACCUACUCAGCCGAGCUUUUCCUCCACUUCCUCGCCGAGAAAUCAGCCGUCGUGACGGCGGAGAAGAAGCGGAGGAUUGUUAGUCUCGAUCAUUUAAGAACCGCCGUGAAAAGACACCAACCCACUAGCGAUUUCUUACUCGACUCGCUUCCCUUACCGUCUCAGCCUAUAAGACAUAACAAAACUGCUUCUUCCGACAAGAAAGCUCCGCCGACUCCGCCUGUCGGAACUCGUCGUAUUGAUGAUUUUUUCAGUAAAGGGAAGGCGAAGGCUGAUGAUUCUGCCUAGAAAGUAUAAAAAUUUAUCCUUUUUGUAAGAUUUUGUUUCUUCCAAUUUGAAUUUUUUACUCUUUUGCUGAAUUGUAGUGAGGAAAUGUGAACUCUUUUGGAAUUUAGAUGAACUCUUAUAGUAAUUAACUGAUACUUGUCUUGUGAGAUAGUGUUCUGUAGAGAGAAAGAGUAGAAAUCUCUGCAUCGCUUUAACUUUGGUGUGUAUUGGUUUAUGAAUGGUACUAUCUGAAACAGCCAUGUUCAGUGUUCUGCAA